AGCAGGUUGCGUGCGACUGUCGGUACUAGUUGCGGACGGUUAGCUUGGCAGCUAAUCUCCAUCUGUAUCAGUAAAACUGAACGAACAUUUUAUUUCAAUAAAUAUAUAUUUUUUUCUAUUUACUUAAAAGUAGGUACUAGUUAGCAGGGUUUUGCUCGUUGCUGCUUUGUUAUAAGUCCUGUUUUGCCCGGCCGCAGUGAGUGUCGGGAAGUUUGGCGGUUUUAUCCUCUGCAUUGUUUGGGAACCGGCAUAUAUUAGCCUGUGGCUAAGCUAACUUUAGCCGUUGUGUGAGUUGAGUGUAGCUCGGUUUUGUAGCGGCUCGCUGUGUUAGCGCGGCUCCUCUCAUCACCAGCUGUUUGUUGUUGUACACUGAAGUCGACGCAAGAAAUUAUUCGUAGUAUUCGGUGGAUUUCUUCAAAAAUGGCUGCAAUGGCGCUCGAGAUGGACGGAAGUGUAAUGGAAGGGGGAGGACAGAUCCUGAGGGUUUCAGCUGCACUCAGUUGUAUCCAAGGCACUUCUCUGAAAAUCAACAAAAUCCGGGCAGGGAGGAGCACCCCAGGAUUAAGGCCUCAGCAUCUGUCAGGCUUGGAGCUGCUGAGGGACAUGUGUGAUGGGAGUCUGGAGGGAGCCACUGUGGGAUCCUCAGAGAUCACACUGACUCCCGGGAAGAUCAAGUGCGGGAAUUACAUCGCUGACACACACACUGCUGGGAGUGUUGGGCUUCUACUGCAGAUCUCACUGCCCUGUGCGCUGUUCACUGAAGGCCCUUCAGAGCUCUGCUUGAAAGGAGGAACCAACGCUGAGAUGGCUCCACAGAUCGAUUACACACUCAAGGUGUUCAAACCCAUUGCGGAGAGAUUUGGUGUCCAGUUUGACUGUGAUUUAAGGAUGAGAGGUUAUUACCCUAAGGGUGGUGGAGAGGUGGUGGUAAAGGUGAACCCUGUGAAGGAGCUGAGCCCCAUCACCAUGACUGAGAGAGGGAACAUCACAAAGAUCUACGGCCGGGCCUUCGUAGCCGGAGUGCUCCCUUUCAAGCUGGCAAAGGACAUGUCUGCCGCAGCUGUGCGCACCAUCCGAAAAGAGAUAAAAGAUCUUUACAUCAACAUACAGUCUCUGCAAGAGAAGGACAAGGCCUGUGGAAAUGGGAAUGGCAUCAUAAUCAUCGCAGAGUCCUCUACCGGCUGUAUUUUUGCUGGUUCAUCUCUUGGAAAGAAAGGUAUUUAUGCAGAUAAAGUUGGGAUCGAGGCAGCUGAGAUGCUCCUGAAGAACAUCAGGCACAACGGCUGCGUGGAUGAGUUUUUGCAAGACCAGCUGAUUAUCUUCAUGGCCUUGGCUAAGGGCACGUCUCGGAUGCGCACCGGACCGAUCACUCUACACACGCAGACGGCCAUCCAUGUGGCCGAGCAGCUCACUAAGGCCAAGUUUGUGAUACGCAGGGCAGAUGACGAACACACCAACAAUGACACCUACAUCAUCGAGUGCCAGGGUGUGGGCACCACCAACUCCAACCUGUAAGCUUGCCUUCAGAGCACUGCUGGAGGCCUCCGGAGGUCACGUAGCAGAAACACACUACUGUAACCAACGGGAUGGUGCGAAGACAUUGUCUCAGCGUUCCUCUUCACGCUUCCACACAGAACGGCCGCUUUAUUAGUCUUUGAGCUGACCCUGAAUCGGUCUGCUUUGUCCCUUGCUUUUUAUAAUGGUCACCCAUUUCUCAAAUGACUUUUGUUACUCAGGGUAUUGCCUUACACUGUAAGCGAGCAUCGUCUGUCCUAGGAGCGCUUUGUUUUAUUUUGCAUUAAUGAUUAGUUGGUUAGAAUCUUCAGUAUUUCAACAGAUGUUUUUUUUUUUGUUUUUGAUCCACUUUCCACUUUUGUGUGCUAAACACGAGCCUUAAAGAAACCGCAGUUUCACAAUUGCAAUUAGAACACGGUUCACAACCUGAUCAUGUGCAUGGAACUAGGAAUAUGUAUGUCACCAGUAAUUAUAGUGCACUAUGUGUACAUGGAGUUAAACAAAAUGGUCUGCUGUCCCUGAACAAAAAAAUGAGUUUAUGUAGCUGCCUUUUUUUUUUUAAAAUGGUAAGUUAUUUAAGUUGAUGUAUUGAAUGAAUGGCAUCCUGUGUGGCCUUUUUUCCUCCUCUUUACAUUUUCAUUUGAAGCUUACUCUUUAGCUUUAUUAGGUUUGUGAGGUGGUGGCUGGGCAGAAUCCCUUAAAAAUGGUAAAUUUUUUUUCAGUCAUAGUGCUUACUGCAUUAUUUAUGAGAAGGGAUUAAAUAUGAUGGGUUUUUUUUUCUUCACUGUAGGUGACAAUGACCGCUGUUUAUUUACCUUAAGAUAUUUUUGAAAGAGAAGAGAUCACAAUAAAAUCGUUAAGAAUAUAGUUGUUUAAAACGAAGCUUGUGUUCAAUGUGUGUUCUGAAAAGCCUUGGCACUUUGGGACGUGCUGUAAUAGGAAAAUAAGCAACGGUGGGGUGAUGAAAUGAGAGUUACCACACUGACAUUUGUUCAGAAGAGUUUUAUUCCACUUAUCCACAGCAAUCUUCCAGCAAUAACAAUUUAUUUACUAAAGAAUGAGACAUAAUUUAUUCAUUUGUAGUUACGAUUAUUGUUAUGGAAUAUCUGUGAAAUGAGUUGGUUCCUGUUUGUUAUAGCAGCUAUAAAUGGUCGUUCCCUCA